AAAAAAAAAGAAGGAUAUACGCGACUUGAAUUAUUUUUGACAUGUUUAUAUAUGAGGCGUAGCAGGUUCAUUAGGCUUUUUUCUACUUUAAUGUCUAUCAACCCACCACCUCGAGGGAAACCGAUUAAUAUCGAAGAGUUAAAACGGCUCAAACAAGCUAAAAAGGAAGCCAAGAAGGCCCUCAAUCAAUCUAAACCUCCUCCUCCUCCUCUCAAACCUUUACGUCGUGAUUUCAAAAGGGUCAAUGACCAAGGCCACCGCCAUCUCAUCAGAGUCAUGUCCUUUAACAUCUUGGCUCAAACGCUUAUCAAACGUGAACUCUUUCCUGAUUCUGGAGAUGUGCUGAAAUGGAAAAUCAGAAAACAAAUGAUUCUUGAAGAAAUUGAGUUUUAUGACGCAGAUAUUAUGAGCCUGCAGGAAGUGGAUAAUGUGGAUACGUUUUAUAAAGAAGCGUUAUCUAAACUAGGUUAUGAAUUGACAUUCUACCAUUAUCCUAGCAAACACCAUGGCUGUGUUAUUGCUUUUAAAAAGGAAAAGUUCAGUCAAGUAAAAUAUGCAACGAUAGAUUACAAUACAGAUCCUCUCUGUCCUCCGUCCAUCUUAACAGGAAAUGUGGCUCAAAUACUAGCAUUAACAUCUAAAGAACAUCCAAACACUGGUUUCGUUAUCGGAAACACGCAUCUCUAUUGGAGGCCGUCGUGCAACUAUGAACGAUUGAGACAGACUGUUAUCUUUGUGAACAAAUUACUUGAAUUCAAAUCUGAACUAGAUGAUGAUAUGCAAUGGAUAUCGUUGCUUUUAGGAGAUUUUAAUUCGACACCUGAUGAUCCAGUCUAUGGUAUUCUCACUGAUCAUGCCCUGAGUGAUGACCAUAUCCAAGAUUUAAACAAUUCUCUAAUGGUCACACUGACAAACCAAGGCGAGUCAGACGAAGAAGAAGAAGAAGGGAAAUUAGAGAGCAAUGAUGGUGUAUCUAUUGACCCUGAUGCAGUGAUUAGUGUGAAUAAAUUGGUAUCGCUCUAUAAAGGCGGCCAAUGGAAAAGCGUGUACAGUUCUAUCGCUAAAGUUCAACCAGAUCAAAGUGGACUAUUAGGUGAACCUAAAUUUACAAACUAUACUGCUGCCUUCAAGGGACCUCUAGAUUAUAUGUUUAUACAGCACGACAUGCUUAUCAAAAAUAUUCUCUUACUUCCCUCAGAAGCCAAUCUCAAGCCAUCUUUGCCCAAUAGAAAUUUUGGCAGUGAUCAUCUUUGUCUGGUGGCCGAUUUGGAGUUUUAAUUUUUCAAUAAACCUUUCUCCCCCCCCC